AGCCAGACGCACUGGGAAAAAAAAUAAUAAUCUGCGUUUAUCUAACUCAGAGCCAGAAGGAGACUAGUAGGACAGACAGUUGUGUAUGAUAAUUAACUGAAGUGUGAGUGUGAGUGUGUGUGUGUGUGUGUGUGUGUGUGUGUUUGUGUGGGGAGUGGCACUAUUUGGGGAGGCAUGAGAGAAAAGAUCCUGCGGUGAGGACUGAGGAGAGAGAGUGGCAGUGCAGGGUUGAGUCUUUACUUCUGUCCAGUGUUUUUCGCCUCCUGGUCUCUCAUGGCGUAUGCAGCAUACUGGAUGAGUCUUCAAGGAGGAGCAGCCGCUUCCCCACUUGAAGUUCACCGUAGUAGCAAGCCUUCUUCAGCCUACUAUCACACUACUUCAUGGUCCUACCAUGGCAAGUCGCAGACCACACCCAAACCAGCAGCUCAAGUCUCCACCGUGAAGCCUGCACAGUUUGAGAAGGCAUCAUCAGGAACUGCCAUGGCUACAAAGCCUGGGGCAACAGGCGGAGCCACAGGAAGUGGUGUCACAGCAGGAGGAAGUGCUUCAAUUGGGACAGCAGGAAAAGUGGCACCUAAAGCCAAAACGGAGACUAACACUACACCAGCAGGCGCUACUGUUAUUGACAUGUCGUCCGCUGGGGGUACUAUUGUUGACAUGACAUCAGCUGGGUCGAGGGGUGCUCCUAAAGAGAUGUCAAAGACUACACCUGUCUCCCAAGUUAAAGAUUCAGCUACAGUCUCUCCUGCGGCUGGAGCAGCUGCAGCCGCUGGCAUCGCAGUGACCGCUGCAGUGACCAGACCUAAAGAGUCACUCAAAGACACAGCCAAGAGUGCCACCACGGCCACGACAAUCAAAGCUGAUGUGCCUAAAGUUGAUCCGAAAACAUCAAAACCAGCUGCAGCUGCCACGGCUGCUAAACCGUCACAAACGAAGGUGCAAGUGGAGGUUCCUCCCGCAGUAGCUAAAGGAGCCAAAGAGGCACCAUCGGAGGAUCCUUUUGAUGCACUGGCCAGCAUACUACCAUCCGUUGAUCCCGUUGCACCCCCAGAGCCUGUAUACACCGGGCCAGAGGUCAAAGAGCAUGGCAUCACCUCCAUGAAGGGUCAGAAGUGUGGAGAAAGAGACGACACGCUGCCUCCAGGAUAUAGAUUUGAAGACAUGGGUCCAGUUCCUGCAGACUAUAAACCCAAGGAUGUCCCUAAACCACUGAGCACAGACGAGGCCCUGGCUUCUCUUUCAGCUGGUUUUGUGUCUGCUGCUGUUCCAGAAAAGAAAACUCAAACUCCUGCAGCAGUUCCCCCUGUGGCUGUGUGUCCCCCUGUGGCUGUGUGUCCCACUCCUCCUGUGGUGGCUGUGUGUCCCGCUCCCCCUGUGGUGGCUGUGUGUCCUGCUCCCCCUGCUGAUAAAAAAGCCAAGAUGGAGAAAGGUGAUUUCUGUCUGGAGGCUGGAUUUCCCUCUGCUUCUUCCAAGAACACAGUUCCCCCUGUAGCUGUGUGUCCUCCUGCUGAUAAAAAAGCCAAGAUGGAGAAAGUCUUGGAUGAUUUCUCUCUGACGGCUGGACUGGAUACCAAAGUGGACACCAAGCCCAAGACUGAUGAUAGUGCCUCUCUGUCUCUGGAUGCUCUCAGCGCUCUUAGCGACACAUUGCCAACAGAUGUACCUAAACCUAAACUCCCCGAACUCAGACCCGAGGACAUCGUCUCGGAGGGCAAAUUCAAGAAGGAGAAGGGUGUGCGUGUUGGAGAGAGAGAAGACACACUUCCUCCAGACUACAGGUUUAAAGAGGAGGAACUCAAAAAACUGCCUGCUCCCAAACCUGAGCCUGCUAUGGGUACUGGUGAAGCUCUGGACAUUUUGACUGGAGACUUCAUGACCUCCUCAGUAGCUCCUGCUGUCCAGGCUCCUGUUGUCACCCCCUCAGCUCCUCCUCCACAGAAAGCCCCUGUGGCUCCUCCUGCUGAUGAUUUCUGUCUGGAGGCUGGACUUUCUGCUUCUACGGCCAAGAAAGUUCAAUCCUCUGCAGUUCCUCCUGUGGCUCUUCCUACUGAUAAAAAAGCUAAAGUAGAGAAACCUGCUGCUGCAAAGGACAGCACUGAUGGAAAACCCAAGACUGAUGGGGACGACUCUAUGUCUCUGGAUGCUCUCAGUGCUCUCGGCGACACGUUGGCAGCAGACGUACCAAAACCGAAACUUCCAGAGCUCAGACCUGAGGACAUCGUCUCGGAGGACAAAUUCAAGAAGGAGAAGGGUGUGCGUGUUGGAGAGAGAGAAGACACACUUCCUCCAGACUACAGGUUUAAAGAGGAGGAACUCAAAAAACUGCCUGCUCCCAAACCUGAGCCUGCUAUGGGUACUGGUGAAGCUCUGGACAUUUUGACUGGAGACUUCAUGACCUCCUCAGUAACUCCUGCUGUCCAGGCUCCUGUUGUCACCCCCUCAGCUCCUCCUCCACAGCCUGCUAUGGGUACUGGUGAAGCUCUGGAUAUUUUGACUGGAGACUUCAUGACCCCCUCAGUAGCUCCUGCUGUCCAGGCUCCUGUUGUCACCCCCUCAGCUCCUCCAGCUCAGGUCAAAGUAGAGGAUAUGUCUGCUCUGGAUGUACUUGCUGGAGAUUUUGUGGCUCCCACUAAAGCUUCCGGAGUUCAGGCACCUGCUCCUCCUACUAAGAAAACACCAGAGGUAAUGGUUUGUCCUGUGGGACCACCACAGGAAGCAAAACCAAAGACUGACGAGAGUGCCUCUCUGUCUCUGGAUGCUCUCAGCGCUCUUAGCGACACAUUGGCAGCAGAUGUACCUAAACCUAAACUCCCCGAACUCAGACCCGAGGACAUCGUCUCGGAGGGCAAAUUCAAGAAGGAGAAGGGUGUGCGUGUUGGAGAGAGAGAAGACUCACUUCCUCCAGACUACAGGUUUAAAGAGGAGGAACUCAAAAAACUGCCUGCUCCUAAACCUGAGCCCACCAUGGGUACUGGUGAAGCUCUGGACAUUUUGACUGGAGACUUCAUGAGCUCCUCAGCAGCUCCUGUUGUCCAGGCUCCUGUUGUCAAGGCUCCUGUUGUCAAGGCCCCUGUUGUCAGCCCCUCAGCUCCCCCUGCACAGCCAUCUGCAGACUUUGCUCUGGAUGCCUUGGCGGGUGACUUUGUGGCCUGCACUGCUGCUCCAGCAGUGAAGUCUGAGUGUCCUCCCACAGAAGCUACCCUGGAGCUGCCAGCAGAAGCAGACAAUGCCCUGGACGCUCUAUCAGACACCUUGAAGGAUAUUACACCUACCCCACAGCCCGAACCUGUUGUUCCCGCCAAAGACAUUGUCGAGGAGAAAAAGGCGGUUGAAGAGAGGCUGAUAAAGAUGGGAGAGAGAGACGACACGCUGCCACCAGAGUUUCGACCCACUGAAGAAGAUCUCAAGAAAAAGGCAGAAGCAGAGGCAAAAGCAGCUGCAGCACCCAAAGAGAAGACUAUGGAUGAUAAAACAGCCUUGGACCUGCUGUCCGGUGACUUCUAUGCUGCUCCUACCCCCACUGCACCAGUCACAUCAGCUGCAGGCGCAGCAAAGCUGGAACCUCCUGUGCUGGACUCAGACCCCCUGAAGCCAAUGCCUGGCCCUGUCCUAGAGUCCCUGUCAGACACAUUGCUCCCAGACGCCGUGAAAACUAAGACAGACAAACCAAAGGGCAAGAGCAAGUCAAAGUCAAGGUCUAAAAAACACCACACAGAUGAGCCAUCUGCUGCUGACCACCUAUCAGCUCAGCUAAGCUCAGACGUUGUCCCAACAUCUACAAAGAAAGGAGGCAAGAGCUAGACUACUCGGUUUGUCGGUGCAAUUUGUCCUCCAGGCCACAGGGACGCAUCAGUGAGGGAGCUGCUCUCUGGAUAAUGAUUCUAUUUUUCUAAAUCGUUAAGAAUGUAUACUGGAAGAAAGACAAACCCUAGACACACCCAUAGCACUUGCUCAACACACACACACACACACACACACACACACACACACACACACGCCAAGCUCUACGUGCAGCGCCUUUCUUGUUCGGUUUAAUGUAUUUAAGGGUAAGAAGCUUUUGUUUUCUGUGUUUAGGCAAAAUGAAAGAAGAAGAAGACUUUUAAAUGAAGGUGGGUCAUUACAGAAUGAGUCAUGACCAAAGAAAGAAGAGAAACUGCGGGGAAAGAGAGGAAUUAAAAACAAGUGAAAAAUGGUUUUGUUGGUUGGUGUGUGGUGGUGCUUGCUGAGGCAAGGAAGGCGUUGCCCGUCAGAGUCCUGCAUGUACAUCUCAGCUGACAGUUUCUGUUUCUCCGACGGUGGGAGCAGUGGUGACUGUCAGCUCUCCUGGGAGCAGCACAGAGUGGGUCUAUAGUAUUGGGAUGUUUGUGCAAUCUUGAUGUACACAGAAAAGCCAAGUUUUCUACCAUGAUGGUCGGAUGCCAUUAAGACACUAGUGUACAGCUUAUUUUGCUUAUGUUUUGGACAGCAUAUAGUUUACAUGAUAUGUGGAGGAGGUGUUCUGCUUCAUUCUGUAUUCAAGAGCUUCAUGCGAAGGCUUUUUGUUUGCGUAGAGAUCUGUCAACAGAAGAAAAAAAACAAAACUUUGCUGGUGUCCAGAAGUGCACGAGUGAGCCGAGGUGUUUUACAAGCUUUGUAAACUGCCCCUGUUUGUAUACUGUAAAAAAAGACUUUUUUUUUUCUCUAUAUUAAAAAAAAACACUGUAUAAUUUAGAAAACACUUCCAGUCACGAAUCAAUAUACUUUCCCCAAGUUUUUUUUUUUUUUUUCAUGUCAAAGGUUUUGUGUGGGUGUGAGUCAAAAGAUAUGAGAGAUAUUUUAGAUAUCGGAGUACUAAUUAAAUAAAAAAUC